UGGUCUCGCCUGCUGCUGCACCAGAGCGCGGGAGAGAGUGCGGGGCGCCCGCCGGGCGGUCCGGAGCGGCCGAUGGGGCCCGUGUGAGCGCCCAGGCCUGACCCGGUGCCCGGCGGGCGGCAGCAUGUCCGCCGGCGGCAACGCCAGGAAGAGCACCGGGAGGCCAUCCUACUACUACCGGCUGCUGCGGCGGCCCCGGCUGCAGCGACAGAGGAGCCGCUCCCGCAGCCGGACUCGGCCAGCCAGGGAGUCACCCCAAGAAAGGCCGGGCUCCCGGCGCAGCCUUCCCGGCAGCCUGUCAGAGAAAAGCCCCAGCAUGGAGCCCUCGGCUGCAACCCCGUUCCGGGUCACGGGCUUCCUCAGCCGCCGCCUCAAGGGCUCCAUCAAGCGCACCAAGAGCCAGCCCAAACUGGACCGCAACCACAGCUUCCGCCACAUCCUGCCGGGGUUCCGGAGCGCAGCCGCCGCCGCCGCGGACAAUGAGAGGUCCCAUCUGAUGCCAAGGCUGAAGGAGUCUCGAUCACACGAGUCCCUGCUCAGCCCCAGCAGCGCAGUGGAGGCCCUGGACCUCAGCAUGGAGGAGGAGGUGGUUAUCAAGCCUGUUCACAGCAGCAUCCUGGGUCAGGACUACUGCUUCGAGGUGACAACAUCAUCAGGAAGUAAGUGUUUUUCCUGCCGGUCAGCUGCUGAGCGAGAUAAGUGGAUGGAGAACCUGAGGCGAGCAGUGCACCCCAACAAGGACAACAGCCGGCGUGUGGAGCAUAUCCUGAAACUAUGGGUGAUUGAGGCCAAGGAUCUGCCGGCCAAGAAGAAGUAUCUGUGUGAACUGUGCCUGGACGAUGUACUGUACGCCCGUACCACGGGCAAGCUCAAGACGGACAAUGUCUUCUGGGGAGAGCACUUUGAGUUCCACAACCUGCCGCCUCUGCGCACAGUCACUGUCCACCUGUACCGGGAGACUGACAAGAAGAAGAAGAAGGAACGCAACAGCUACCUAGGCCUGGUGAGCCUGCCUGCCGCCUCUGUGGCUGGGCGGCAGUUUGUGGAGAAGUGGUACCCAGUGGUGACACCCAAUCCCAAGGGCGGCAAAGGCCCUGGGCCCAUGAUCCGAAUCAAGGCCCGCUACCAGACCAUCACCAUCCUGCCUAUGGAGAUGUACAAGGAGUUUGCUGAGCACAUCACGAACCACUACUUGGGGCUGUGUGCAGCCCUUGAGCCCAUUCUCAGUGCCAAGACCAAGGAGGAGAUGGCGUCGGCCCUGGUGCAUAUCCUGCAGAGCACCGGCAAGGUGAAGGACUUUCUAACAGACCUGAUGAUGUCAGAGGUGGACCGCUGUGGGGACAAUGAGCACCUUAUCUUCCGGGAGAACACAUUGGCCACCAAGGCCAUCGAGGAAUACCUCAAACUUGUGGGCCAGAAGUACCUGCAGGAUGCACUAGGGGAGUUCAUCAAAGCUCUGUAUGAGUCAGACGAAAAUUGUGAAGUGGACCCGAGCAAGUGCUCAGCCGCUGACCUCCCUGAGCACCAGGGUAACCUCAAGAUGUGCUGCGAGCUGGCCUUCUGCAAGAUCAUCAACUCCUAUUGUGUCUUCCCUCGGGAGCUGAAGGAGGUGUUCGCCUCGUGGCGGCAGGAGUGCAGCAGCCGAGGCCGGCCGGAUAUCAGUGAGCGGCUCAUCAGCGCCUCCCUGUUCCUUCGCUUCCUGUGCCCUGCCAUCAUGUCACCCUCGCUCUUCAACCUGCUUCAGGAGUAUCCUGAUGACCGCACGGCUCGCACCCUCACGCUCAUUGCCAAAGUCACCCAGAACCUGGCCAACUUUGCCAAGUUUGGCAGCAAAGAGGAAUACAUGUCAUUCAUGAACCAGUUUCUGGAGCACGAGUGGACCAAUAUGCAGCGCUUCCUGUUGGAGAUCUCCAACCCUGAGACCCUUUCUAACACAGCAGGCUUCGAGGGCUACAUAGACCUGGGCCGGGAGCUCUCCAGCCUGCACGCCCUGCUCUGGGAAGCUGUCAGCCAGCUUGAUCAGAGCAUUGUGUCCAAGCUGGGACCUCUGCCUCGUAUCCUGAGGGAUGUCCACACGGCACUGAGCACUCCAGGCAGUGGGCAGCUCCCUGGCACCAAUGACCUGGCCUCCACACCAGGCUCUGGCAGCAGCAGCGUCUCAGCUGGGCUUCAGAAGAUGGUCAUUGAGAAUGAUCUCUCUGGUCUGAUAGAUUUCACCCGGUUACCGUCUCCAACCCCCGAAAACAAGGACUUGUUUUUUGUCACAAGGUCCUCCGGGGUCCAGCCUUCACCGGCCCGCAGCUCAAGCUACUCAGAAGCCAACGAGCCUGACAUGCAGAUGGCCAACGGCAGCAAGAGCCUGUCCAUGGUGGACCUCCAGGACACCCGCACGCUGGAUGGGGAGGCCGGUUCCCCAGUGGGCCCCGAUGCCCUGCCCGCUGACGGGCAGGUGCCCGCGACUCAGCUGGUGGCUGGAUGGCCAGCCCGGGCAGCCCCAGUGAGCCUGGCAGGAUUGGCCACAGUACGACGGGCAGUGCCAACACCAGCCACACCGGGUACCUCCGAGGGGGCACCAGGCCGGCCCCAGUUGUUGGCCCCACUGUCCUUCCAGAAUCCUGUGUACCAGAUGGCGGCUGGCCUGCCGCUGUCACCCCGUGGCCUUGGUGACUCGGGCUCUGAGGGCCACAGCUCCCUGAGCUCUCACAGCAAUAGUGAAGAGCUGGCAGCCGCGGCCAAACUCGGAAGUUUCAGCACUGCUGCAGAGGAGCUGCCAAGGCGGCCUGGGGAGCUGGCACGGAGGCAGAUGUCACUGACUGAGAAGGGUGGGCAGCCCACUGUGCCAAGGCAAAAUAGUGCCGGUCCCCAGCGGAGGAUUGACCAGCCACCACCACCACCGCCGCCACCACCUCCUGCCCCCCGGGGCAGAACACCUCCUACCCUGCUGAGCACUCUACAGUACCCACGACCCUCAAGUGGAACUCUGGCCUCAGCAUCACCUGACUGGGCUGGGCCUGGCACCCGGCUGCGGCAACAGUCCUCCUCCUCCAAGGGAGACAGCCCAGAGCUGAAGCCCCGCGCCAUGCAUAAGCAGGGCCCUUCACCCGUCAGUCCCAAUGCCCUGGACCGCACGGCCGCUUGGCUCUUGACCAUGAACGCGCAGUUGUUAGAAGACGAGGGUCUGGGCCCAGAUCCCCCCCACAGGGAUAGGCUAAGGAGUAAGGAGGAGCUCAGCCAAGCAGAAAAGGAUCUGGCAGUGCUGCAGGACAAGCUGAGGAUCUCCACCAAGAAGCUGGAGGAGUAUGAGACCCUGUUCAAGUGCCAGGAGGAGACGACGCAGAAGCUGGUGCUGGAGUACCAGGCGCGGCUGGAAGAGGGCGAGGAGCGGCUGCGGCGGCAGCAGGAAGACAAGGACAUCCAGAUGAAGGGCAUCAUCAGCAGGUUGAUGUCUGUAGAAGAGGAACUGAAGAAGGAUCAUGCAGAGAUGCAAGCAGCUGUAGAUUCCAAACAGAAGAUCAUCGAUGCCCAGGAAAAACGCAUUGCCUCGCUGGAUGCUGCCAAUGCCCGCCUCAUGAGUGCCCUCACACAGCUGAAAGAGAGGUACAGCAUGCAAGCCCGUAACGGCGUCUCCCCCACCAACCCCACCAAAUUGCAGAUUACUGAGAACGGCGAGUUCAGAAACAGCAGCAAUUGUUAACCUGCCUGAGGAGAGGGGGACUGUGGUGGCCCGGGACAGGGUCUCGGGCAGGAGGCUCCUGACAGUUACAGGCUAGCCCGCAGUGGAGGGGGCGCAAGACUGAUGGAGCGUGAGACUGAGGGCACAGUGCCCCCCCUUCUCUUCGCCCACCUGAACAGUGGGUGUGGGCAGAGGCAGCGGAGACUGCACUGGGGAGUGGGGCCAGCCUGCAAGGAGGCUGCCCAAUGUAUGUCUGGUUAUUGGAUUUGGUAUGUGGCACCUUCUCCUCUUUGACCAGCCAGGUGCAUGUCCCCCUGCCCUUUCCAUGGAAGGAGCUACCUGGAAAGUGCUCAUGUAAGGUCUAGGGGCCACUGCUGUGGGUUUCCCUUGGCCCCUGGGACCUGAUGGAGUAGUUGGCAGGCAGAGUGGCCCCUGCUCAUCUCUGCCCUGCGCCCCUGCCACUGCAUGAAGCCGGUCAGGGACCCUUCCUGGUGGUGAGGAACUGAAGAACAGAACCUCGGGCAUGGUCCUAUGCCCGUCCCAGGCGACACCCUCCACUCUCCUCCCUCUUCCUCGCAUUGCCAAACAGACCGCACUGCACUUUCUCUGCUGGGCCCUCCUUCCGUGGGAGGAGCCACAGGGCCCACACUUCACAGUGGGCCUGCCUCAUGCUCUUGGAACUCCCAGAAGCCAGAGAGCUGGGCAGAGGUGGCCAGGUUGCACCGUGCUUUGUAGCUGCCUUCUCCAGGGUCCCAGUGUGGCCCUGCACAGUGGCCCUGUGGGGAGAGGCCAACUGGUGCUCGCCCUGCAAAGGUGAUCUCUUUUCUCUGAUAGUUUAAAAGAAAAAUUCUGAAACCUGCAGGCCCUGAGAAGGUGGAUAACUGUGAUUUUUUUUCCUUUCACAGUAUGCAUUAGAAACAAAAGCCCGCUCGCUCGCUUGCUGGAACACAGGGGCCUUUUAAAUUGAGCGUGCGCACUGCAUGGGAAAUAGCGGCCCCGGAGGAUGGUAGACUUGCUCCCACUCCAAGACCGCAGCAGCCUGCACCAGGCCCCGUGUGCAGUCGCCUCUCCUCACCUCCCAGCCCCAGCCAAGGACGCAGGCACUGCAGGCAGGGAGGGGCACACCCACAGCUGGGGCUGGUUUUCCCCAGCUCUAGGCUGUUCUGUAGCAUAUCUGUCCCUCCUAUUGUGGGACAGAGAAGGGCAGGAGCUUGGGUCUCUCUUGGGUCCCCAUCUGUUCCCACACUCUAGAUGCCAAGCCCUGGUUCUGAGUCACCUAGGGCAGGAACUAGGGCCUUUGCCCAGGCCGCAGAGUGGGACUAGGCACGCUGCACUUGAUGCUCCUGGAGUCCUCACUAGAAAGGGUGGACGUCCUGGAGGUGUGGCCUAGCUAUUCUGCACCCCAUCCUCAGGCCACAGACAGGCAAGGGUAAAGGGUUGAUGCUCUGGUCUCUUAGUGUAACCUACAACCCAGUUAGGCUGCAGACCAAUGCUGGGAGAGGGUGUGGCCAUCAAGGGUCAGAGACCUCAGGAAGGAAGGAGGUGGGGCUGAGGUCCUGCCUCUGCCUCUUCCUGCCCCACUCCUGUCCACACCCCUGCGCCCGUGCAUUUCAGCAGGGGUGGCCUCUUGGGCAGGGCCUGGCCUGGGUCCUGCCCUUGCACUGCCCAGGGAGCCCUGCUUUCCUCCUCACCCACACGCCCACGCCUCGUAAAGUGACCUCUGUCUGAGCGCCUCCUAGCAAUACGGGGAGGUCCCCAGGCCUGGACAGGAGAGCGCAGCGCCAGAUGCAGUGGCCCUCUGGCGGGGUUGUUCGCUCUCAGGCCGAGAGCCUUAUUUACCUAGUGCAAAAACUGUAAAAGUGGACAGACUCUCAACAGAUUUUUAUCUUAAUUGCAAGUCUGCCGAAUUUUGUAAAUGUUCUUGGUGUUUGACUGUAAUGAACUAUUUCACCCAACGGAUGUACAUAGUCCUUUAGUCCUGGUGCUGCGAGGGCUGGCCAGGACGCUGCUCUAUGGUUGACAUUACAGCCUAGAGAUCGGUGCUGGGCAGGACGGAGAGCUUUGCCGUCUAGGUGUCAAUGUUUCCUGCCUGGGGCAUUGAUUCAAGCAUGCUGUUUGGGUGGGAGGUUGAUGGGGCACAUGCCCCAGUGGGGCCAGUAAAGCAUCCUCCUGCCAACAGCCUUGGGGUGGCUGAGCUCUGCCUACAGCGAGGGCUGGAGUUGCCAGAGGCCCUACUCUGGGAAGACCCAGGCCACUGACACCCAGGAUCUGCUGGCUAGAGCAGCCCCACCCCUGCCAACACAGACACCUGACCUUUUUGUUCAACUUGUAUGUUAGGGUAAAGAAAACUGCCAAACUUACUCUGAGUGAAGACCUUUGACUGCCCAGGAGUGGGGGUGGGGACCAGGGCCAGAGCUCCACAUGUACCCCAGCACCUGCCCGAGGGGCACUCCUCCCUCAUACCCAUAUGUCUGGGAGCCAGACUGUCCAGGGAACCAGCCCUUCUUUUCUAUAUACUCAGCCACAAGGCUACCCGUCUCCCCCCCACUGUGCCCAGCUCCCCCUUUUGUAAGUAUGUGAAAAGGAAAAAAUGCAAACGUCGGAGUCGGCCAGAGCCUGUCCUUCCCUCAAGUCGAGACUUUUAACCAUGUAAUAAUGUACAGAGAAGUUGUUGGUGUUCGAAGACUCCGUGUGGCUGUGCAAUUUCUGUACAUUUGCAAUUAGAAAUAUUAAAGAUUUAUUUAGCUAUUUUAA